AUGUGGAGGGUGCGUCCAAUCCUUUAAUGCGCGUGCGCAGUCCAAUGUUGUGAUUAUAGACUGUAGCAACAUGUCUGCCUCCAUGGUCCGGGCGACCGUCCGAGCGGUCAGCAAGAGGAAGAUACUCGCUACGAGAGCCGCGCUGACUCUGACUCCAUCAGCCGUGAGUAAGAUCAGGGUGUUGUUGCAGGACAAGCCGGAAUACAUCGGUUUGAAGGUCGGGGUGAGAACACGUGGCUGCAAUGGACUGACCUACACACUGGACUACACCAAGGACAGAGACAAAUCUGAUGAGGAGGUGCUGCAGGAUGGUGUUCGGGUGUUUAUCGAGAAGAAGGCUCAGCUGACGCUCCUGGGAACAGAGAUGGACUUCGUGGAGUCUAAGCUGUCCAGUGAGUUUGUCUUCAACAAUCCCAACAUCAAGGGCACAUGUGGCUGCGGCGAGAGCUUCAACAUCUGAGCUUCGCGAAGCCUCCGUCCUCCCACGCCGACCAUCCCCGCUCCGCUCCCCGUCCCACCACCCGUAAAAAGACUGAGAGACUGAAGGUUGACAAGGAAGUCGGUUGUGAGGGAAUCUUUGAGAUGUGGUUGUGCCUCCUUUCCUGCCACUUAUCUUCCUGCAAGACCUGAAGUAUGCAUCUCAAAGCUUAGAGGAGGGUCUCAACAUGGUCUGUGUAGUCAAAAACUGUGUCAACAUAAUCGAUUUUAGUUUUCAGAUACCUUUGACGUGUUUUAAUUCUUGGCAUUUAAAAAGAAAAACAACUUUAGAAGAACCUCAAAAGCAACGUGUUUUUUUGUUUUUUAAUUUAGUCACUGUCAUUUUACACUUGUACGCACAAAAUAUCGCAAUGAAGUCAAAUCUCACAGUGACUUCUUUGCAGGAGGAAAUGGUCCAACUGCUCACUAAAGUGAAGAGUUGGAUCAGGCUUAACUUGGCAAAUCCAAGAGGAUGAAGCGUUACGCAUUUUUGUUUUCAAGUUGGAAUCUAACGGCCGGCAUCCCGCAUCUAACCACCGGUGUAAGACCCUGAGCCGCUGACCAGCAGAACACAGAAGUGGAGGAGUUACCAGUGUCUUGGAACUGCUUUAUCAGUUUGUAUAUUCUUUGAAUUGUUUAAAGUAUAUAUAUUUAUCUCUGUGUAAAUGUAAAGAAUGUAAAUCUCUAUUGAACCACACAAACGCGCACACACAAAAAAAUAAACCACGCACAAAACGUGUAUCUAUAUCCCUCACAUAUGAGAAUCCUUAGUGCUUGAUUAAAGCCUGGAGCUUAUAGACUUAGUGCGCGCCUAAGAUUUGCAAAUUGUGCAAUGUCUGUAAAUAUGAAGCAAUAAAUGGCUAAAUCCAGUAGUA